GGCAGUCUGUGUGAGCGCUCAGUUGUGGUUUGUUGUCGGGUGAGCACACUUCGUGAGUCUACUCCUCUUGAUUUCUUUGACGUUGACGCAUCUUUGUCUUUUUCUUCUUAAGGAUGGAUCCGUACGAGUGGCAGCACGCCAGGGACAGAGGUCACCACCGCUAUGACAACGACGACGAGGACAUAGAGGCGCUGUACAUCGGCGUUCCGGCGUCUCACCGGCGGAAGGGACGGCGCCGCCGCUCGUCCAACCGCCAGAAUGACGAGGCCGAUCGCGCCGCUCGACACUCGCACUAUGAGCAUCACGCCUGCCAACACGCCCGCCGAGGAUUCUACCAGGACAGCGACGAACGCGAUGACGCAGACGACUGCGCUCGGAUUCUUGACCGCAUUGACUCCUCGGUGUCGCCGGUGGCAGAGCGUCUACGUCACAUCCUGGGGGAGGACGACGGGGGGCCCACGCCGACCAUCUUCACUGAGAUGGACACCCUGCAGCAGGAGGGCGGAGAGCUCGAGUGGAAGGAGUCGGCCAGGUGGGUGAAGUUCGAGGAGAAGGUGGAGGAGGGCGGCGAGCGCUGGAGCAAACCUCACGUGUCCACGCUGACGCUGCACAGCCUUUUUGAGCUGCGCACGUGUCUACAGACCGGAAACAUCCUUCUGGACCUGGAGGCUUACUCGCUCGCGCAGAUUGUCGAAGAGAUGGUGGCGCGUCAGAUGGCGGACGGUUUGUUCUCGGAGGACGUGAAGGAGAAGAUCGUCUUCGUGUUGCUGCGUAGACAUCGCCAUCAGACCAAGAAGGCCAUCCAUCGCUCGCUGGCCGACAUCGGAAAGUCGUCGUCGUCGUCCGCCGCAACCGCCAACCGUAGUCCUCAGGCCAACCUGAGUUGUAGCACUACCUCCGCCUCCGCCCUACAUCGCUCCACCGAUGACCUGCGAACGCGACACUCCGGCAGCCUGGGACGCCUGCAUCAUGCGCAGAGUCGCAGCAUGAACGACAUUUCUGAGACGCCAAGCUCUGACCAGCUGAAGAACAAAUUCAUGAAGAAGAUUCCACGCGAUGCCGAGGCGUCCAACGUGCUGAUCGGCGAGGUGGACUUUCUGGACAAACCCUUCGUCUCCUUCGUGCGAUUGGCUCAGGCUACGACGCUUGGGGGCCUCACUGAAGUCCCAGUUCCCACCAGGUUCCUCUUCAUCCUGUUGGGUCCUCAUGGCAAGACCAGGUCAUACAACGAGAUCGGCCGCGCCAUCGCCACACUGAUGGUGGACGACCUGUUCAGCGACGUGGCCUACAAAGCAAGGGACCGCGAGGACCUGAUUGCCGGCGUGGAUGAGUUCCUGGACGAGGUCAUCGUCCUCCCUCCAGGAGAAUGGGACCCCAAGAUCCGCAUCGAACCCCCCAAGAAGGUUCCGUCGGCAGAUAUGAGGAAGUCUGUGCUGAACCUGAACGAGCUGGCCCAGAUGAAUGGCUCGGCUGGGGGGGUGGCCGGCGGGGAAGAUGAGCAAAUUCCUGUGCAACAUGAGGUUGGCGAGGAGCUCAAGUUCACCGGCAGGCUUGGCGGCGGCCUGUGGUUGGACAUCAAGAGGAAAAUGCCGUGGUACUGCAGCGACAUCUAUGACGGCUUCCACAUCCAGACUGUCUCGGCUGUGCUCUUCAUCUACUUGGGCUGCAUCACCAAUGCCAUCACCUUCGGCGGCCUGCUGGGCGACGCCACCGACAACUACCAGGGUGUGAUAGAGAGCUUCCUGGGCACGGCGCUGGCAGGAACCGUCUUCUGCUUGUUUGGCGGGCAGCCACUCAUCAUCCUGAGCUCCACGGGACCCAUCCUCAUCUUUGAAAAACUCCUCUACGAGUUCUGCAAAAACAACGGCGUGGACUACAUGGAGUUGCGGCUGUGGAUCGGGAUCCACUCGUGUCUACAGUGCUUCAUCUUGGUUCUGACGGACGCCAGCUACAUCAUCCAGUACAUGACCCGAUUCACAGAGGAAGGCUUCUCCAGCCUCAUCUCCUUCAUCUUCAUCUCGGACGCCAUCAAAAAGAUGGUGGGCGCCUUCAAGUAUUACCCCAUCAACCGCACCUUCAAGCCCGACUACAUGACGUCCUACAAGUGCGACUGCGUCCCUCCAGACCAGCCUUUCCCGUGGAACGUUUCAGCUCCUCUUGCUGACGACAACAUGUCGCUUCUGUUCAAUGUGAGCGAUGUGGACUGGAGUCAGUUGAGCAAGAAGGAGUGCGUCAAGUAUGGCGGGGCCCUGAUGGGCAAAGCGUGCAAGUACGUCCCCGACCUGGCGCUCAUGUCCUUCAUCCUGUUCUUUGGCACGUACUCCACGACUGUCACGCUCAAGAAGUUCAAGUUUAGUCGCUACUUCCCCACCAAGCUGCGUCAGCUGAUCAGCGACUUUUCCAUCAUUAUCGCCAUCCUGCUCUUCUGCGGAUUGGACUUGCUGCUGGGACUGGACACUCCCAAACUGCAUGUUCCCAUGCAAAUUAAGCUAAGGAAGCUAAUCAGUGAUUUUGCCAUCUUCAUGUCAAUCAUGUCCUUUGUGGCGCUGGAUAUGUUGAUGGGUUUAGACACGCCCAAACUGAUCGUUCCCACUGAGUUGAAGCCCACCCGCGCCGACCGCGGCUGGCUGGUGAUGCCGUUCGGUAAGAACCCGUGGUGGUGGUACCUGGCCAGCUUCGUGCCGGCCCUGCUGGUCACCAUCCUGAUCUUCAUGGACCAGCAGAUCAGCGCCGUCAUCGUCAACCGCAAGGAGAACAAACUUAAGAAAGCUUGCGGUUACCACCUGGACCUGUUCUGGGUGGGCAUGCUGAUGGCGGUGUGCUCCUUCAUGGGUCUGCCCUGGUACGUGGCCGCCACAGUCAUCUCUAUCGCGCACAUCGACUCGCUCAAGAUGGAGAGCGAGUCCAGCGCCCCCGGGGAGCAGCCCCAGUUCCUGGGGGUCCGCGAGCAGAGGCUGACCGGAAUACUCGUCUUCGUCCUCACUGGACUUUCCGUCUUCCUUGCUCCCGUCCUGCAGUACAUCCCCAUGCCGGUGCUCUAUGGCAUCUUCCUGUACAUGGGCGUCGCCUCGCUGAGCGGCAUCCAGUUCUGGGAGCGCAUCAAGUUGUACCUGAUGGCGCCCAAGCACCAGCCGGACUUCGCCUUCCUGCGUCACGUUCCUCUGCGCCGAGUCCACCUCUUCACCCUGGUACAGAUCACCUGCCUGGCCGUCCUCUGGGUCCUAAAGUCCACCUUCCUGGCAAUCAUCUUCCCAGUGAUGAUCCUGGGUCUGAUGGUCGUGCGGAAGCUUCUGGAUCUGAUGUUCUCCCAGCACGACCUGGCCUGGCUGGACGACAUCCUGCCCGACAGAGAGAAGAAGAAGAACGAAGAUGACAAGAAGAAAAAGAAAAAGAAGAAGACGGUGGCCGAUACAGAGAGCGACGAGGAGAUCCCCAUGGAGCUCGACUCCGCCCAUGCCAAUUGUCCCACCCCCGCCUCUGCCUGUGAGUACCGUCCCCCCUCAAUAAACUCUCAAGUUGAAAAUGUUUUCUUUUGUCCUUUUUACGCGACGUAGCAUCACUAGCUGCUAGAGUCCUAUGUUAACCACUUAUUUGGAUGACUUUUGAUGAUGUCACAAUCAGCCUCUGUGUGAUAUUAUCGCUAAAGUGUAGCUAGCUGCUAACCCUAUUCAAACAUGGCCGAUGACAAACGCGUGUGCUGCGUUUGUGUUGCGUUCUCUUGUGUGUCACGUGUGUGUGUGUGUGUGUGUGGGGGGGGGGGUUGUGUAUGCAUUGUGUGUGUGUAAUAUGCAUGUGCUUGUGUUAUAAAUGUGUCAUCCAUGUGCAAUGUGUGUGUGUGUGUGUGUAUUAUGCAUAUGUGUUUUAUACACGUGUAAUGGGUGUGUGUGUGUGUGUGUGUAUUUUGCAUAUGUGUUUGUGUUGAAUGUAUGUGUGAUUUGUGUGAGUGCAUCUGUGUGCAAGUGUGUGUUGCAUGUGUAUUAUUUAUGCGCGUGUUGUGUUUGCAUUAUAUAUGUAUGCUAUGCGUUUGUGUCGUGCAUGUGCAUUAUGUGUGUGUGUGUGUCUGUCUGUGUAUAUUAUGGAUACGUGCGUUAUAUACAGAAUGUGUGUGUCUUGUGUUUGUGUGUGUUUGUAUUAUGCAUGUGUGUGCG